CGCGAACGUGCACCCCAAAAAUGGCCACUGAGUCAGUGCGUAAGCGACUAUUCGUAUAGUGAUGUACUGGUAGUUUAGAAUGACUUAGGCGUUAUGUUUAUCUUAUAACGAAGUGCGGCCUUAGGUAUUCGGUAACUCUACAAAUGUUUCGAGCGGGCUUCUCCAGCAUUGCCUUCACGGACCUGACCGUAAACUCCGCUUGUGAUGACCUCUUUCCGGGCGUUGAGGACGUGGACGCACAAGCCACGCUGCAGCUGCGCGCGGCUUUGGACGCAUUUGAUGAAGGCGUGUACGAGUAUCACAGCCGAGCUGCCCUUGCAGCAGAUGGACGCAGCAACAACGAUGCAGGGGGCGCAAAGGGCCGCGCGCCCCGUAGGACCCGCCGGGAGCAGGCCUACGCCAGCCGCAUCCCCGAGGACCGCCAGUGCUUCCGCCCCGUGGAGCAGCAGAGCGCCGAGUGGGCCGCAUUCAAGCCGCACCUGUGGCUGAGGGGGCGGCAGGUGCUCCCCCCGGAGGCGCACGUCCACCCGCACCCGCAUGGGCCGCCAGGACUGCACCAUGCACCGCCUGCUGCUACUGCUGCUGCUGCGGCGGCGGCGGCGGCAGCUCGGGUGGCCCCGCAGGCUGCAGGGCCGGAAGCCGCCCCGCAUGCCGCCUCUCCCCCACCAGCCGCACCCUCGGCGGCGGCAGCAGCCGCGGACUCGGAGCUGUGCCUGCAGGGCGUCAGCAUGCGGCUGGAGAGGGCGCCGCAGGGCUUGGAGGCCCACGAGGAGCUGCUGGCCGCUCACGGGGACUUCGAGGAGACCUUUGUCGUGCAGCACGACGAGUGGGAGGCGCACGUGCCGCCCCACCUGCGCCGCCGCCGGGGCCGGCCGCGUGACGAGAAGGCGGUGGCCAUUGGCUUGCCGCCCUUGGAGCCGCGGCAGGCGGUGAUGUAUGAUGUGGCGGAGACGCUACUGCCGGAGCUCUGGGCACGCCUCGCGCCGCUGCUGGCGCCGCUGCUGACCCAGUUGGCGGAGGAGCGGCAGCGGCGGCCGCUCACCAGUACGACAUCCGCAUUCAGAUCCGGCGGCGGCGGCCGCGGCGACGGCGGCGGCGGCUUCGAGAUCCUCACCUUCAGCUCCGGAGAGGAGGACUUUGCGGGCGGCAGCGGCGGCGGCUUCGGACCUGGGCCCGGCGGUGACAUCGGCAUGGGGCCGGACAUGGUGAUAUGGGGCGGCAGCGACGGUGCCGGCGGCGGCGAACAUGCCUCGUUCUACAGCAGCGGUGUGGGCGGCUGCGGCGGCGUCGGCGGCACGAGCUUUGGAAGCGGGAGUCGCCGGGUGGACUCGGUGUACGACACUGACGGCGGCGAGUCGAUGUCGUACGAUCUGGGUCUCCUGCAUCCUGCCGCCGGGGGCGGAGGCGGAGGCGGCGGUGGUAGCCACACGCACGGCAACCCAGCCGCCGCCCUGCGGCCGACGUCUCCAGACGCGCCGUCGCCGCUCAGUCGAGCAGGCUUCCGCUCGCCUCCGCCCCCGGGUCCCCCGCCGGUGCUGCCGCGGGACCACUGGCCGCCCUCCGACCCCGCCGCGCCCUCCGCCUUCGCAGCCCCGCCGCCCCUCAACGCCCCGGGGCCGCUAGUGCCGCUGCAGCGGGCCGCCGGGCCGCCGCCCGCCUUGACCGGGGCGGGCUCGCAGCCCUCGGCCGGGACCACCCCCGCACUCUCGCCCCUGGCGUCACCCUCGCAGUCCCGCAGCACCCCCUACGUCCCCCUGCGCCCCUCCCUAGGCAGCUGCUGCGGCGGCAGUGAGGCAGCGGCGGCACUGGCACCGACACACGCAGUAGGCGCCCCUCUAGCACCCCUGCUGCAGCUCUCCUCAGGACCCGCGUGUCUCAGCUCCGCGACCCAUGGGUCAGCCACCGGAUCUCCCUCCCCGUCCGGCCAUGCCAGCCCCCACCCCCACCCCCUGCAGCACGCCUCCCCAGUUCCCUCCCAGUCCCGGCUGCUGCACCACCAGCACUCCCCGCCGCACCUCUUCGACCCCGCCCCGCCCCAGGCUGCCCAGCCGGAGCAACGACUUCCCCCCGGCUGCCUGCUGCCCGCCUCCUCCUCAUCAUCAUCAUCACAGCCACCGCAGCUGCAGCAGCUGCACACAUCCGGUGGUGCAGCGGAGGCGCUGGCGCUGCUAGCGUUGGGGCCGCUGCGAGGCACCGCCGCCGGCACCGCCGUGGUGGUGUCGCCGCACGCGCAGCAGCCCGGGGGCCCCGCGCGGCGGGUGCCCUCCCUGGAGGCUCGGCCAGCGCCUGGGCAUAGCUCCUCGCCGCUCCCCCCGGCGGCGGUGGUGGUGGCGCAGGGGCAGGGAGGACCUGGCUUGUUGGAGGUUAGCGGCAUGGUGCCGGCGGGAGCAGCCCUUGGGGGCAGCGGCGGCUCGUUCACUCGUAUGUCGGCCCCCGGCGGUGUUGUGAGCGUCGCAGGCAGCAGGGUGCAGCCGCCUGGCGGAGGUGCAGGGCCCGGCGGCGGCAAGGCCACGUGGGCCGGCGGCGGCGGCGGCGGCGGCGGGUUCGGGUGCGUGUGCUGCUGCUGGGGUUGCCGUACACCGCCGGAAUCCCCCCGGCCCUAGGUGUCCUACGCGCCGUGGUGGGCUUCGUUGGGCGUCGGCGUGUGGCAGGGUCGGCAGCGGCGGAGGCGGCGGGCACCAGACCCCCAGCCCAAUCACCUCCGUGGCGGCAGCGGCCUUCGCCCUGCACGCGCGCUUCCUGGGGCCGCCGGGAGUGGCAGCCGCAGCAGGGAGCGGUGUGGGUGCCCCCGCGGGGCCGGCAGCAGCGGGGUCCUAUGCGGGGGUUGUUGCGGCCGGCGGAGG